AUGUUCACAGGACUUGUCGAACUUAUGGGUAAAGUCUCUUCCAUUAAGGAAUUAGACAAUACUGAAUCAGGUGGAAAUGGAUGGACUAUUACCAUCUCGGAAGCUUCAGAAAUUUUGAAUGAUUGUCAUUUAGGUGACAGUAUUGCUAUCAAUGGUACUUGCUUAACUGUGACUGAAUUCAAUAAAGAUUCUUUCAAAGUAGGUGUUGCACCUGAAACUUUAAGAUGUACAAAUUUAGGUGAUUUAAAGGUGGGAGAUAAAGUGAAUUUAGAACGCGCUAUGGAUUCAAAUAAGCGAUUUGGUGGACAUAUGGUUCAGGGACAUGUAGAUACGACAGUUAAGAUCAUUCAUAUCAAACCAGAAGGAAACUCGAUUUGGUUCACGUUUCAAUUAGACAAAGCUGAUAAAGAUAAGAUGAGAUAUAUUAUCCCUAAGGGCUUUAUUUGUUUAGAUGGGACUUCACUUACUGUAUGCGACGUGGAUGAUGACCAGUGUACAUUUUCUAUCAUGAUGAUUGCUCAUACACAAGCUCAUGUCAUUAUGCCCUCUAAAAAGAUUGGAGAUAGAGUGAAUGUAGAAGUGGAUAUGUUGGCUAAAUAUGCUCUCAAGAGUUUAGAGGAUGCUAUUAAAAAUAAUGAAGGCAUUGAAAGCCUUGUAAAGCGUGUUUUAAAAGCAUAA